AUUUACUAGAUGAGUAAUAGCCCCAGUGCAUAUGAACAGGUUUAGUUAUCUUUAUGUACCUUUAUUACUGAAUGCCUAUGACAAUUGCAUUAAACAUGUCAUAAUGCACUCCAAUAUUUAAUACUUGAUAGUUAGAAACGAAGUAGUCAAUAUUGUAUGCGAAAUAUUAGUAACUCUAGUAAGGGAAUCAAUAAAGAUUCCAUCCUCGUAUCUUUGUUGAUUUUAAUUAUAUUUUGGCACAUUCAGAAACCAGCAUCCUACUUAAACUAACUCCAAUGUCCAACUAUUAAUUUGAAAAAGGCAUCUUAACUCUGUAUCCACAGCUGAUUAUCUAGUUUUAGGACGGUUUUCAGAACAGAUCAUUUUUAAAUAGUGACGGACGAUGAUGCCAUCUCAUUCCUUGCUCAUUUCUAGAAUUGCUGCAGUCUGCAAAUUUUUAUUCUGUGAUAUUCGACCAGCAGUGCCUAUGUUACAGUUUUCUACUAACUCCCUGUUUUAAUAAAGCAAUUUACUCAAAAAAUACAAUAGCGUAGGAGGAGCAUUGCUUUCCAUACACAUCUGCCAUUGAAGAAAGAUUUUCCUCAGGUGACCUUCACUAUUCAAACACUUUAACAGCUCUACUUUUAAUAUUCCAAAAGUCACACAUAUAACUCUCCCACAAUCAGGUAUUAACAUGUGUCUGAUAUAGAACUCUCGGCCCAUCACCGCGGGCGUGCCACAGGGAUCUGUACUGGGCCCAGUGCUGUACUUGUGGUACACAAAUGACAUCCCAGUCAUUCCCAGGAUGUCCCUCGCCCUCUACGCUGACGACGCACUGUUCUACAGUAAGUCGGCCUCCAUCCGCCAAUCAUGUGUCUACAUGAGACGACAAAUGCAACAACUGGACCCCUGGCUGAGGAAGUGGAAGGUCAGGAUCAAUACACAGAAGAGCGAUGCUAUCUACGUCAUACUAGAUGACCCACCCUAGAAGAAAGAACAACAACAAAAACCAACUGACUCACCACUUCACUACUCAACCAACCAGACUACUCGAAAGCGACAGAAAUUUAAAACUACACAAUUAAAAACUCACCACGACUUAACGCAACAAUAGCUCCACUUGGGGCUAGACGUACACAUGACCAGUAGCCAUUCUGCUUGUUGCAGAGACGCUACCUCAGAAGGGACAAGAGUCCCAGCCUACCCGCUGCCUGCCUGCCUGCCUACUGAGUCAAGCUACUUUCAGAUCAAGAGUCGACUGAUAUAUUAGUGGAUUUCCAGGCCACUGUAAACAUGUCAGGCUAGGAACUUUAACAUAAUGAAUGUGGCAGACGCACAUUAUUACUAUCCUGCGUGUUCUAAAGUAGGUACAUGACUUGUGUUGCAGUGAAGGUGUUAAGGAUACAAAAUGUCUGGAAAAUGUGGACAAAAACUUCUAAAAAUAUGUAAACUUUAUUACCCAGAAAAAAAAACAGCUUCAUGUACCAUUAUUUGUAUGCCUCGCAUACUUAGCAAGGUGCAUGAAAUAUCCAUAUUCCUAUCUACUAUGUAGCAAUGUACAAUGUGCAUUAACAAUAUAUUUUAUUUUCCAUAAUCUUGUACCAGGAACUGCUGAAAUCAUAGACUGGUAGGCCUCAUGGUGUGCUUCCGGGCCCUUGAGGCUUCAGUGCAUGGUAGUAGGCCGCCCCAUAGAAGAAGAAGGACAGUCAGCUCCAGAAAUAUGUCUGAAUUAGGUUCUAGCUAAUAAAAUUCUUAAUCUUAACACAUGCCAGUUAGUAUACCAACCAUUCAUGUAAUAAAUAAUACCAGAUUCAAAGCGGUCAAAUUUCAUUUCCACAGACCUCUAUGAUAUUGGCAAAUAUGUUGGUAUUGAAACGAAUUUGAGUUCUAUAAUAGAAUAAUUAAAUGUAAGAGUGUACAUCGAUACUGCACCAGUGGUGAUGCUGGAAUGAUGGGAGUUUCAUUCAGUUUUAGGGUUGGAAGGAAGUAAAUAAUGCAUUGUUAUCACUCCAACAUCGUUAGGAAUACACGUUAUAAAUUAUUAAAAUUACAGAUAAUCAUAUUUUUAAUAAUUAAUUAGCAUUUACAAAUGAAAUUAAGUUUCUGAAGUGAAAAUUUAUGGGUUAGAGAAAAAUUUCUAGGCGAUACAAUCAAUUUCUGGUUGGAAAAGUACAUUUUAAUUUAAAAUUCAUGGCCUUCUAAGAUUAAUUUAGAGGCUUAAAUGCAUGGCAAUAGGUUGCCCCAUAGAAAAAGAUAAAUUCCCUGAAGAUAGAAAGAGUAUAAGAAAUUCUUUUGAUCACUCCAUGAGUAGGACAUUUUAAGUAGGAAAUUAAUCUUGUAAUCAGACCUGAUGAAGAUAAAAUGUGAAUAUUUACAGUGUGCACAUUUGGUACAGCUUCGGGGAAUGACAUGUUUUUGUUUAUUAUUUAUUCAAAUAUAAAUAGCUGUUUUCUUAAAGGAUCUUUUGUUACAGGAAUCCGACUGGCCAGAGAUGAAGGUGGUCCCAAAGUCAUUAAACUGAUUUGCCAUGAUACCACAAGGAUAGCUGUCAGCUGGUGUGAAAAUCCUGUGUUGGUCUAUCUUGUUCAAUUUACUCUUGCUACAGAUUUCUCAAAGUCAACUCUAAACAUGACAAGAAACUGUUCUAUGGUGAUGAGUGAUCUGCAGCCCAAUUCUACCUAUAGAGUUGAAUUGAGGGGAAUUGGGAAAUAUGGCCAAAUUGGAGAUACACUAUCCAGUGAGUUCAGCACCAUUUCACGAGAACUGCAACCUGCAAUGGUGGAUAGUGUUACAGUGAGGCGUAUAUGGACAGAAGACCAGGAGCUGUCAGCAUUUGCUAGUCUCAACUGGUCUCUGUCUCCAGAUUUGCCAUGUCAGUAUGAGUUGGUGUUGUGGAAAAAUCAAUUUGGGUCAUAUCCUGUCAGAUCCAAAGUCGAGUUUCCCGAGCAAGAAAAAUUAGAUGAAACUGUGCUAAGGGAUCUUGAAUUUGAAACAAACUACAAUGUUAGAGUGGUUGCCUCUGUAAGCUCAGAGCAAGAAAGUAGCUCGAAGUGGAAAUUCUUUAAAAUACCCUCAUGUCAUAAAUUCUAUCCCGGCAAUCUUAGCAUGUGCAGGCCAUCGCAACCAAAUGCCCCAAUUUUAACGGAACAUCUGAGGGCUUCAGGUGACUGUGAGCUACAGUUGAAGUGGAACCCACCAGUUGAUCUCCUUGAAUUGUACAACAUUACCGUUUCUCAGUAUGGUCUCUUAGGAAAGGGAGAUCGCCAAAUAUUCACUAUCAUUAUUCCUGGGAACCAUACGGAGGUGUCUGUACCAAGUUUGAAGCCUGAUACUGACGUCUUGUUGGAAAUUAUAUCUGUGUCACCUGGAGGCUUAAGUGAGAAGGUUCGCAUUUACAGGCAAAAUGUCUGUAGCCAACAAUAUUUUUCCUUCUUAUAUGGAAGUUCUCUGAGAAAUAUUACAGCAAGAUUUGCAGCUGGAUUGACAUUGUUCUCUUUUUUGGUGAUUUCCAUUGCAUCACUGCUAUUAUUGUAUUUUAAACAAAAGAGAAAGAAGAAGCAACUCACCAAAGGCUAUUAUUUUAAGCAGCAAAUUAUGAAAAAUAGGCCUUUAAAAAACAAUAAUGACAACACACGCCAUGCUGUUUCUGAAAUGGACGAAUACGAAAUCACAGACGAUGCUUUGUUGAUUUGUAAUGUCAUUGGGGAAGGAGCUUUUGGAGUCGUACAUAAAGGGGUUUUGACAAAAUAUGGAGGAACUCCUGAGCCUGUUGCUGUGAAAAUGCUAAGAGAAAAUGCCACAGCCGAGGAGACCAGACAGUUUCAGAAAGAGAUAGCUCUGAUGAAAACAGUAGGAAGACACAGGAAUAUUGUGUCACUGAUCGGAUGCUGCACACAGUCAUGUCGUCUACAGCUCGUUGUAGAGUUCUGCGCCCUUGGAGAUCUCCAGAGCUAUCUAAGACAGGAGUGGAAAAAACAAACAGAAGCCAUUACAGAAGACACACUUUCUACAGGAACCAUAAAAUAUGCAGAUUUAACAGUCGACAGCUUUGGUAGUUACACUGCACCUGUUACAGCAAAGGAUAAUGCAGUACAAGGACUUGUCACUAAUGUUAUGUACGAUUUUCUUGAGAAAAGGAAAGAUAAUGAGAAGAAGACAUUAGCUGAACACUUACUUUCAUUUUCAUGGCAGAUUGCAACAGGCAUGGAAUACUUGGCCAGCAACCGAGUAGUACACAGAGACUUGGCAGCACGAAAUGUACUGAUUUGCGAUGACCAAUGCGUCAAGAUCUCAGACUUUGGCCUCAGUCGGGACAUUUACGAGCAGAACAUCUACUGCAAGCGAAGUUCAGAGAAGAUGCCGGUGAAGUGGAUGGCACUUGAGUCUCUUCUACAUCAGAUCUAUACCACUCAGAGUGAUGUAUGGUCGUUUGGCAUUCUAUUGUGGGAAAUAGUGACUUUGGGAGGUAACCCAUACCCGUCUACUCCUACUAAUCAGAUGUUCCGCUUGCUGAAGCAAGGUUUUCGGAUGGAACAGCCCCCCAUGUGCAGCAAUGAACUAUACACCAUAAUGAAGUCUUGUUGGAAAGAGAAGCCAUGUGAGAGACCAACAUUCUCCAUACUGGUGGGGCAGUUAGCCAACCUGCUAGAAAGCGCUUCGCCCCACCAGUACCUGGACUUGACACACCUGGGUAACUACUGUGGGUCUUGACAAGCUAAACAUCACUUUCCUCUUCCUCAAAUCAACUGAAACGUCCAUUCCAAACUAGUUCUUAGUUUUUUUGUGUGCAUAUUAUGUUCCUGUUUAAUGAUCAAACAGUAAUAAACUAUUCUGAGAAUAAA